AUGUCUAUGGCUAAGAUGAAUUGGCAGACAAAAAAGCUCACCAUUAGAGAAAGGAGUGAGUUUAUUUUUAACAACGAUCUGUUUAGCGAUGUUAGGUUUGUUGUCUCGGGAGUAAUUGGCAAAUGUGAAAACAAGAAAAGUAUUCCUGCUCACAAGUUUGUGUUGUCAAUUAGUAGCCCUGUGUUUGAAGCCAUGUUUUACGGUGAGUUGGCGGAGACUAAAGACUCUAUUGAACUGCCUGACUGUGAUUACGAGAGUUUGUUGGAGUUUUUUCGUUACAUGUACAGCGAUGAAGUGGGUUUGAAUGGAGGUAAUGUGAUGGGAGUGUUUUAUUUGGCGAAGAAAUACAUGGUGCCUUCGCUGGCUGAUAAAUGUGCGCGACAUUUACGGCACAACUUAGAUGAAUCGAAUGUGUUCAGUGUUUUGAAAUUUGCACAGAAAUAUGAUGAGACGAACCUUGUGGAAAAUUGCUGGAAAGUGAUAGAUGAACGCACCGCAGAAGCUGUAAAAUCUCGGAAUGGAUUCUUGACAAUUGAAAGAUCCUUACUCGAAGCUUUAGUUGAAAGAGACUCGUUGAAUAUCAAUGAAGUGGAACUGUUUAAAGCCGUUGAUUUGUGGGCUAUAAAUGCCUGUAAAAAGCAGGGUUUAGUGGCGAAUGGAUCAACAAAGAGAACAAUUCUCGGAGAAAGAGUAGUCAAGGCAAUCCGCUUCCCUACGAUGAAGCAAGAAGAUUUCGCCCUGGUGGCACUCGACAGCAAAAUAUUAACAGCAGAAGAAAUUGUGAGUGUUAUCAAGCGUAUCAACUUAGUAUCAAGUGCUCUGUUGCUGUUUCCAGAAACGAAGAGAUCUGGUUUCGUCGGUGAAAUCCAGCGGUGCUGUAGGUUUGGUUCUGUCUCUCACAACAAAUGGAGUUAUGCGGGCUCUUCCAAAGACUGCGUGAAUCUUUGCGCUGACAGAGAGAUUACGUUACAUGGGCUUCGGCUCUUUGGAGAGGACCAAACUAGCUACUGGGUUGAUAUGGAAAUCAAAAUUGCCAAGAACAAGUCCGUUCUGUUAUCAAAAGCAGGAUGGUUUAAAUCAGAGGCCUUGUCAAGCAAUUUUGGUCACUAUCAUGGAUUUGAGGUUUUUUUUGACGCUCCUCUUGUGUUGAAAAAAAAUCAUUCAUACUCUGUGGAAGCUUUGAUCAUAGGUUCGGAUUCGAUGCAUGGAAAAAACGGUCACGAAAUAGUAAAAUGUUGCGGCGUAACGAUCACGUUUACAAAUAGUAAGUACUCUGGUAAUGGAACAAGCGUCAGUCGGGGUCAGUUCCCUGACAUAUUAUUCACUGUUUAA